GUGCCUCAGCCAGCCGGCGUGAACUAAACAGAGCCCCAAGGUGUCUGCUGUGUCCAUUCCCUGCCUCCACAGCUCAGUCCCCAUAGCCCAGUCCCAGCUGGUCAGUCACUGCUAGGCUGGUUCCCCUGAGCCCUCCACUGACCCUGACUCUCCCCCUCCAGACCCCGGCUGAUCCACAGCCUGCCCCACACCAUGGUUGCAGGCAUGUUGAUGCCCCUGCCCCAGCUGAGGGCUAUCUAUGAGGUGCUACUGAGGGACGGGGUGCUGGUGGCCCAGGACACCCGCUGCCCUCACUCUCAGCACCCCGAGGUGCAUGGUGCCUCCAACCUGCAGGUGCUACGUGCACUGGGCUCCCUGCGUUCCCGCGGCCUGGUCCGCGAGACCUUCACCUGGAGGCAUCACUACUGGUACCUGACUGAGCAGGGCCUGGUCUUCCUACAGCAAUACCUCCACCUCCCACCUCACGUCAUACCAGCUCCCCUGCAGCCCACACCCAGGGCCAGGCCCCGAGGCCGGAUGCUGGGACCCCACCUCCCGCACCAGCCUGCAUCCCGUAACAGCCUCACCAGGCCUGCUGCCUCCCUCAGCCUGGUACGCACUCAGUCAACUCCCUCCUCCUCCUCCUCCUCCUCCUCCUCCUCCUCCUCCGCCCGGCAUGACAGCCAGGAAUAUCGGCCACUCAACCAUCUGAGAGAGAGAGGGUCCCCGCUGGGGCCGAGGCUCGACAGGACUCUGCCAGAUGAACGGGACAGAGUCCAGAAGAAAACAUUCACCAAAUGGGUCAACAAACACCUGAUGAAGCAUUGGAGAGUUGAGGCCCACCGCAGUAUCGAUGACCUGUAUGAAGAUCUGCGUGAUGGACAUAACUUGAUCUCGCUGCUUGAAGUUCUCUCAGGAGAUUCAUUGCCUCGAGAGAAGGGUCGAAUGAGGUUCCACAAACUGCAGAAUGUUGGUAUCGCCUUGGAGUAUCUGAAGCACCGGCAGGUCCGGCUGGUUAACAUCCGAAAUGAUGACAUUGCUGACGGGAACCCCAAACUCACACUGGGUCUGAUCUGGACCAUCAUCCUGCAUUUCCAGAUAUCGGACAUCCAGGUGUGCGGUCAGUCUGAUGACAUGACUGCCAAGGAAAAGCUGCUGCUGUGGUCCCAACGGAUGGUGGAGGGAUAUCGUGAUCUGCGUUGUGACAAUUUCACCAGCAGUUGGAGAGAUGGGAAAGUCUUCAACGCUGUCAUUCACCGUCACAGGCCAAUGCUGAUUGACAUGAACAAGGUUUACCGACAGAAGAACCAGGAGAACCUGGAGCAAGCCUUCAGUGUCGCCGAGAGGGAGUUCGGUGUCACCAGACUGCUGGACCCUGAAGAUGUGGACGUCCCCCAUCCCGAUGAGAAGUCAAUCAUCACCUACGUGUCGUCUUUGUACGAUGCUCUACCAAGGGUCCCCAGUGUGGAAUCAGGGGUCCGAGCCAACGAGAUUGAACUUCACUGGCAAGAAUAUUAUGAGCUGGUGACCUUGCUGCUACAGUGGAUCCGACACCACAUUACAAUGUUUGAGGAGAAGAGAUUCCCAGGGACGUAUGAGGAGAUGGAGGUUCUCUGGAGACAGUUCCUCAAGUUUAAAGAAUCCGAUUUGCCCAUUAAAGAGAUUGAGAAAAACAAGAGCAAAACUCUUUUCAAAUCCUUUGAGGCUGCUGUACAAGAGGGUCAGCUGAAAGUUCCUGCUGGUUACUAUCCCAUCGACGUGGAAAAGGAAUGGGGAAGGCUUCACGUGUCCAUCUUGGAGAGGGAGAGAAUUUUGCGCAGCGAGCUUGAGAGGUUGGAGAGAUUCCAGCGGAUCAUCCUGAAGAUUGAGCAGGACUCAAAUGUCUGUGAGGAACAGUUAAAACACGCGGACAGUCUCCUCAAAGCGGAUAUCCGCCUGGCGAACGCUGGGAAGGCUCCCACCAACACGGCGGUACUAGACCACGACCUGGACAAGGUGGACGGACUGAUCCGUAGCCUCUUUAACGACGUCCAGUCCCUGAAGGAUGGCCGGCACCCGCAGGCGGAGGCCAUGUACCGCAGGGUGUUCCGUCUCCACGAGUUCCUUGUGGCCACUCGCACUGACUACUCACUGCGAUUCCGCUCGGGGGUGCAAACGGCUAUUCAGCUCCCCAGCGUUUCCACAGCAAAGGCGGGUCUGGCUGUAGACGGAGCUGCCCUCCAGUAUAUCCAGGACCUGCUGCUGUGGGUGGAGGAGAACCAGCGAAAUCUCGAUGUGUCUGAGUGGGGCGUGGACCUGCCCACCGUGCAGUCUAAUCUCGGCAGCCACCGCGGCCUGCACCAGUCCAUCGAGGAGUUCCGACCCAAAAUAGAGAGGGCGCGGGCCGAUGAGGCUCACCUCUCGGCUGCGAGCCACGCUGCGUAUUGUGACUAUCUGAGUAAACUGGACCUUCAGUACGCCAAGCUGCUGAACUCCUCCAAGUCACGCCUGCGUCACCUCGAGAGCCUCAACACCUUUGUUUCCAUGGCGACCAAGGAGUUGAUGUGGCUCAACGACAAGGAGGAGGAGGAGGUGAAGUACGACUGGAGUGAGCGUAACACCAACAUUGCUGCCAAGAAGGACAACUACUCGGGCCUGAUGAAGGAGCUGGAGUCCAGGGAGAGGAAGGUGAGCUCCAUCCAAAACACGGGAGAGAAGCUGCUGAGAGAUGGACAUCCGGCCAAGCAAACAAUCGAUGCUUUUAUGGCAGCUCUGCAGACGCAGUGGAGUUGGAUACUGCAGCUAUGCUGCUGCAUUGAGGCUCACCUCAAGGAGAACACCGCCUACUUCCAGUAUUUUGCAGAUGUGAAGGAUGCAGAGAAUUUCCUAAGGAAGCUUCAGGAGACAAUGAAGAAGAAGUACAUGUGUGAUCGAUCCCAAACAGUGACCCGUCUCGAGGACCUGCUGCAGGAUUCCAUCAGUGAGAAGGAGCAACUCUCAGAUUACAGAGCCCACCUGAACGGCCUGAGCAAAAGGGCAAAGACCAUCAUCCAGCUGAAGCCUCGUAACCCAGGACAUCCUCUGAAGGGAAAGCUGAUGGUCCAGGCAGUUUGUGACUACAAGCAAAUGGAGAUUACAGUGAAUAAAGGAGAUGAGUAUGUCCUCAUCAACAACAGCCAAGCAUCAAAGUGGAAGGUGGUGAGUGGGUCAGGCAGCGAAGCUCUUGUUCCGUCCGUCUGCUUCAUGGUGCCCCCCACAAACAAAGAGGCCCUGGAUGCAGUGAGCAGGCUGGAAAGCACACACCAGACCCUGGUGAGCGAGUGGCACAGGCUGCACACCGACAUGCAGAGCCUCCUGCCCUGGCUGUACCUGAACCGUGACAUGCAGCUGGUGCGAUCGUGGACUCUGCUGGUGUUUCGAAGUCUGGACCCUGAGGAGUACAAACGCCUGCUCUCCACCCUCGACAUGCACUACCAGGACUUCCUGCGGCUGAGUCAGGACUCACACAUGUUCGGACCAGACGACAGGCUCCAGAUUGAGAGGGAGUACAAACUGACGACGCAACAUUAUGAGAAGCUGCUCCGGAGCCUCGAGAAAGGUGAGGAAGUUGAGCAGAGCUGUAAGAAGUUUGUGACGCAGCUGAAAGAUAUUCGCCUGCAGCUGGAGCGUUGUGAAGAUCGAACAGUGCACAAGAUCAGGCAGCCACUGGACCGAGAGCCCCUGCGCGACUGCACACAGCGGAUGAUUGAACAGCGGAAGAUCCACUCGGAACUGGCUGGGAUUAAAACGAACCUGGACUCUGUAACGGAGAAGACUGAGAAGGUACUGUCUGCGCCUGAGCAUCUGAGCAGUGCCCCUGUGCUCCGUUCUGAGCUGGACCUCACUCUGCAGAAGAUGGAUCGAGUCUACAGCCUGUCCUCGGUGUACCUGGAGAAAUUGAAGACUAUUGAGGUGGUCAUCCGCAGUACGCAGGAGGCUGAAGAGCUGGUGAAAAAAUAUGAAAGGCAGCUGCGAGAGGUGAACAGUGUUCCUGCUGAUACCAAGUCACUGGAGGUCCACACACGUCAGCUGAAGGGAAUGCGGACUGAGGUGGAAGGUCACCAGCCGCUCUUCAAUAACCUGGAAGGUGAGCUGGGGAAAGCGAAGGCAGUGAGCGAGCAGAUGAUGCGCAGCCACAGUGAGCGAGAUGUGGACCUUGAUCGAUACCGCGAAUGUAUACAGCAGCUCCUGGAGCACUGGAAUGGGAUCCAGACUCAGAUCGACAGCCGCUCACGGGAGCUGGAGCAGCUCGGACGCCAGCUGACCUACUACCGCCAGGCUCACGACUGGCUGAUCGACUGGAUCCAGAGCGCCAAGGCACGUCAGGAGAAAAUCCAGGCUGUACCCAUUCGAGACAGCAGUGGCCUGAAGCAGCAGCUGCAGCAGGAGGAGAAAAUUCUGCAGGAGGUGGAGAAAAACCGAGGGAAAGUGGAAGAGUGCGAGAAAUUUGCCAAGCAGUACAUUGAUGCCAUCAAGGAUUAUGAACUCCAGCUCGUGACCUACAAGGUUCAGAGUGAGCCAGUGGCAUCUCCUGUGAAGAAGCAGAAAAUGGUGUCUGCAUCUGACAGCGUAAUUCAGGAGGUUGUGGAUCUACGGACGCGCUACAUCGAGCUGAUGACUCUCUCCAGCCAGUAUCUCAAGUUCAUCACUGUCAACCUUCACAGACUUGAAAGCGAGGAGAAAGCUGCAGAGAAGUUGAAGGAGGAGGAACGCAGACGGCUGGAGGAGGUCGAGGCUCAGUUGGAGAGCCAGAAGCAGCUGGCUGCAGCACAUGCCAAGGCCAAAGCCGAGGCCGAGAAGGCAGCCAAAGAACUGCAGCAGAGGAUCGAGGAGGAGGUCACGCGAAGGGAGGCGGUGGCGGUGGAUGCCGAACAGCAAAAGCAGAAUGUGCAGCAAGAGUUCCAGCAACUCAAGAGCUCCUCCGAGAUGGAGAUCAAGAAAAAGACCAAGAUGGUGGAGGAGGUGCUCCUGAGCCGCACCAAGAUUGAGGAGGAGAUUCGGAUCAUCCAUCUCCAGCUGGAGACGGCACAGAAGCAGAAAGUAGCUGCGGAAUCCGAGCUCCAGCAACUGAAGACCCGUGCUGAUGAGGCGGACAGGCAGAAGAAGCUAGCGCACGAUGAGGCAGAAAGGCUUCGGCGGCAAGUCAAGGACGAAGCGCAGAAGAAGAAGCAGGCCGAGGAGGAACUGAAGCUGAAGAUCCAGGCAGAGCAGGAUGCAGCUCGGGAGAAACAAAAGGCUUUGGAGGACUUGAAGCAUUUCAAGAACCUGGCCGAGGAAGUAGAGAGGAAGAUGAAGCAGGCAGAGCUGGAGAAACAAAAGCAGCUGCAGGUCGCCCAGGAAGUGGCCCAGAAAAGUGCUGCUGCAGAACUCCAGAGCAAACGCAUGUCAUUUGAACAGAAAACCAUGCAGCUGGAGAUCUCUCUCAAGCAGGAGCACCUGACUGUUACCCAGCUACAGGAGGAGGCAGCCAGGUUAAAGAAACAACAAGAAGAAGCAGAGAAUUCCAAGAAGGAGGCAGAAAAGGAGCUGGAGAAAUGGCGGCAGAAGGCCAACGAGGCUCUUCGACUGAGGCUCCAGGCAGAGGAAGUAGCUCACAAGAAGACACUGGCUCAGGAGGAGGCUGAGAAACAGAAAGGGGAGGCAGAUCGGGAGGCAAGGCGCAGAGCAAAGAUGGAGGAGUCAGCCUUGCGACAGAAGGAGAUGGCAGAGCAAGAGCUGGAAAAACAGCGGAAUCUGGCGGACGAGACAGCUGAGCAGAAGCUAGCGGCUGAGCAGGAGCUGAUCCGGUUACGGGCAAAGACAGAGAGUGGUGAACAGCAGAGAUUGCUCCUGGAGGAGGAGCUAUACCGGCUGAAGAAUGAGGUGAACGAAGUUCUUCGUCAGAGGAAGCUUCUAGAGGAAGAGCUGGCCAGGGUCAAGACGGAGAUGGAGGCUCUGCUGCUGCUUAAGGCAAAGACUGAGGAGGAGACGAGGUCCAACUCAGAGAAGACCAAACAGAUUCUGGAGAAGGAGGCUGAGAAAAUGAAGCAACUGGCAGAUGAAGCAGCCAGAUUGCGGGCAGAUGCAGAUGAGGCCAAACGCCAGAGGCAGUUGGCUGAGGAUGAAGCAGCCCACCAGAGGAGUGAGGCUGACCGCAUCCUGAAGGAGAAGCUGGCAGCCAUUAAUGAAGGCACCCGUCUGAAGACAGAGGCAGAGAUGGCUCUAAAAGAGAAGGAGGCUGAGAAUGAGCGCUUGCGGCGAUUGGCUGAAGACGAGGCCUUCCAACGGAAGCUUCUGGAAGAACAAGCCACACAGCACAAGCAAGAUAUUGAGGAAAGAAUCUUACAACUGAGGAAGAACUCUGACCUUGAGCUGGAGCGGCAGAAGCUUAUUGUGGAGGAGACGUUGAAACACAGAAGAAUUAUUGAGGAGGAGAUUCGGAUCCUCAAACUGAACUUUGAGAAAGCCUCUGAGGGCAAAUCCGAUCUGGAGAUCGAGCUGUCUAAACUGAAGAAGGUUGCUGAGGAGACACAACAUAGCAAGCAGGAGGCUGAGAAAGAGGCCGAGAGGCAGCGAGAAAUGGCCAUGCAGGAGGAAAAGAAGAGGCAGGAGGCCGAAAGAAAAGUGAAAGAGAUCCUUGCUGCAGAGGAGGAAGCUGCACGGCAGCGUCAGGCGGCCCUGGAUGAAGUGGAGCGUCUGAAGAGGAAGUCAGAGGAAGCCUGGAAGCAGAAGGAGCUGUCGGAGCGGGAGGCAGAGAAGCAGAUUAGCUUGGCCCAGGAGGCUGCACAGAAGCGGAUCGUGGCCGAGGAGAAAGCUCACCUGGCGAUGGUGCAGCAGAAGGAGGAGGAGCUGUUGCAGAGCAGGAUUCAGGAGCAAACGGUGGUGAGCAACUUGAAGGAGCAGGCAGAGCGAGCAAAGCAGCUGGCUGAGGAGGCCGAGCAGGCCCGUCUGAAGGCAGAGCAAGAAGCUGCCUUCUGCCGCCAGCAGGCCGAGGAGGCCGAACGUCUGAAGCUGCAAGCGGAGAGGGAGGCUGGAGAGAAGGCCAGAGCACAGCAGGAUGCUGAGAAGUUGAGGAAGGAAGCGGAGAUGGAAGCAGUUAAGAGGAUGCAGGCUGAGCAGGCAGCACUGAGGCAGAAGCAAGCUGCCGACAUGGACAUGGAGAAGCACAAGAAGUUUGCGGAGCAGACCCUGAGGCAGAAGGCAAACAUUGAGCAGGAGCUGGCUAAGGUCAAGUUUCAGCUGGACGAGACCGACCACCAGAAGGAAGUGCUGGAUGAGGAGCUGCAGCGUCUCAAGUCAGAGGUGACAGAGGCCCUGAAGCAGAAGAACCAAGCAGAGGGGGAGCUCUUCAAGGUCAAAAUCCAGAUGGAGGAACUGAUGAAACUGAAGAGCAGGAUUGAGGAGGAGAACAAGAUGCUGGUGCUAAAAGACAAAGACAAUACGCAGAAGCACCUUGCUGAGGAAGCUGAGAAGAUGAAGCAGCUGGCAGAGGAAGCAGCCAGGCUAAGCGUGGAGGCUCAGGAGACUGCCCGUCAGAGGAAACUGGCUGAAGAAGACCUGGCCCAGCAGCGUGCUCUUGCAGAGAAGAUGCUGAAAGAGAAGAUGCAGGCCAUUCAGGAGGCAAGCAGGCUGAGAGCCGAGGCUGAAGUGCUGCAAAAGCAGAGAGACCAGGCUCAGGAGGAAGCCAAGAAACUCUCUGAAGCCAAGCAGGAGAUGCAGCAACGUCGAGAUGAGGAGGCAGAGGAGUUCCAGAAGGCGUUGCUCACUGAGCGCAGGCGGCAAGAGGAGAUCAGUGAAGAAGCACAACAGCUGAAGGCUUUGGUCUCGGAAAUGACGGAGGCCCAAGCAAAAGCAGAGCGGGAAGCCCAGAAGUUCAAAGAUGAGGCAAUGCAGAUCAGCUUGAAGCUUCGUGAAACUGAGCAGAGCAGCAAAGAAAAGAACAGCAUUCUAGAGCAACUGGAAGUACAGUGGAAGCAGAGCAAGACGGAGGCCAGUGAACUGCAAGCAGCCAUCGCUGAGCUGGAGAGUGAGAAGGAGAAAUUGAGGAAAGAAGCAGAGUUGCUGCAGUUAAAAACCAAAGAGAUGGAGGCAGGAAAAAAGAAAGAAAUCGUCCAGACAACUCAGGCCCUUCAACAAACUUUCUUGACUGAGAAGGAGGUGUUAAUCAAAAAAGAAAAGAUGAUUGAAGCUGAGAAGGAGAAGUUAGAACGGCUGUAUGAAGAUGAGCUGGAGAAAUCAAAGUCUCUGAAGGGCGAACAAAUGAAGGAAAUGAAGAGACUGGAGGAAGAUAAAGUCCACCUUCAGGCCAGUAUGGAAGAAGCCCUGAGGAAACAGCAAGAGGCUGAAAAGCAGGUCCACGAAAAGCAGAGAGAACUUCAGGAAAUGGAAAAGAGGAGACUGGAGAAAGAGAAACAGCUAGCUGAUGAGAAUCAGGCUCUGAGAGAAAAGCUGGAGCAACUGAAAGCUCAGAAGCUUGAAGCUAUUGCCAAAGACACAGCAAUGGUGCAAGCCCCACUUGGGGCGAUUUCAAAUGGUAGAGAUGUGGUGGACUCCGUCUCAGAGAGUUCCAGGGCCGAGCUCACUUUCAGUGGCCUUCGGCAGCCAGUGCCAGCUGCUCGGUUACAGCAGGCUGGCAUCCUCAGCAAGAAGCAGCUAGACAAACUGAAGAAAGGCUCAGUCACGGUACAGGAGCUCUCACAAAAGGAGAGUGUUCAGGACUACCUCGAGGGAAAGAGCUGUGUUGCAGGACUGGUCAUUGAACCCUCAAAGGAGAAAAUGAGCAUUUACCAUGCAAUGAAAAAGAAUCAAUUAAAGCCCACAACAGCCACAGUAUUACUUGAGGCUCAGGCGGCAACAGGCUUCAUUAUUGACCCAAUAAAAAACAGGAAGCUGCCUGUAAAUGAGGCAAUCAGGGAAGGGCUGGUGGGUCCAGAGCUCCAGGAGAAACUACUUUCUGCAGAGAGGGCCGUGACUGGUUACAGGGAUCCCUACACAGGCAACCAAAUCUCAUUGUUUGAAGCAAUGCAAAAGGACUUGAUCUCUUCAAGCUAUGCAAUCCGCUUGCUGCAGGCACAAGUUGCCACCGGUGGUAUCAUUGACCCAGUCAAUAGCCACCGCCUUCCCCUGACCCAGGCCUGUAAACAGGGUGUAUUUAAUGAGGACAUGAACGAGAUAGUUUCAGGUGAUAGUGAUGAUGCCAAGGCAUUCUUUGACCCGAACACACAGGAGAACAUAACGUACAUUCAGCUGCUGGACAGAUGUCUGAAGGAUCCAGGAUCUGGCCUUUGCCUCUUACCAUUGACCAAGGCAGCAGAAACAAGAAAGGGAGGGUAUACUAUGGAACAGAUACAGGACAUCUUCAACACAGCCAUUGUGUCUGUGCCAUAUGGGAUCUAUUCGGGGAAAACCAUCACUAUUUGGGAAUUGAUCAAUUCUGAGUACUUCACAGAAGAUCAACGUCGAGAUCUAAUCCGACAAUACAGGUCAGGAAAAGUCACCAUUGAACAUAUCAUUAAAUUCAUCAUCACCACCGUCGAUGAAACUGAGACUAAGAAGCAGCUCCUCUUCACUGGGCUCAGGAACAAGGUUCCAGCCAGCGAGUUGUUGGAAUCAAAGGUCAUUGACAAGAAGACAUUUGAUGAACUGGAGAGAGGGAAGGUAACACCAGAAGAUGUGAGCAUGUUGGAGUCAGUGAGGAAAUAUCUUCAGGGCUCAGACAGUAUUGCUGGAGUGUUUGUGGAGCCUACUCAAGAAAAAAUGAGUUUCUACCAAGCAAUGAAGAAGAAUCUGUUGAGACCAAAGACAGCAGAGAUCUUAUUGGAAGCUCAGGCAGCGACAGGGUUCCUCAUUGACCCCGUCAAGAAUCUAGUCCUCACCGUUGAUGAUGCAGUGAAGGAAGCUCUUGUUGGACCAGAGCUCCAUGAAAAGCUUCUUGCCGCAGAGAAGGCAGUAACAGGGUACAGUGACCCCUACACUGGGCACAAGAUCUCCUUAUUUGAAGCAAUGAGAAAGGACCUUGUUCCCAAAGAAUAUGGAAUGCAGCUCUUGCAGGCACAGGUGGCAUCUGGUGGCAUCAUUGAUCCCAGAACCAGCCACCGACUGCCAGCUGAUGUGGCCUACCAGCGGGGAAUGUUUGAUGAGGGCAUGAACAGGAUUGUGUCCACUCCGAGUGAUGAUACAAGAGGCUUCAUUGAACCAAAUACAGAUGAACGAGUCACCUACCAGCAGCUGAAGGAGAAGUGCAGGAAAGACCCUCAGACAUCACUUUGUCUGUUACCUCUGACAGAAGAAGCAAUGAAGCGAGUGGAUGUCCACCCUGAGGAGGUAACCAAGGACAUUUUCCAAAAGGCUGUAGUGAGUGUCCCAUCUGGGAGGUUCUCUGGAAAAACCAUUACCAUUUGGGAAUUGAUCAAUUCAGAAUAUCUCACCGAAGAUCAAAGGCAAGAUUUAAUCUGGCAAUACAGGUCAGGAAAAGUCACCAUUGAACAUAUCAUUAAAUUCAUCAUCACCACCAUCGAUGAAAUUGAGACCAAGAAGCAGCUCCUCUUCACUGGGCUCAGGGACAAAGUUCCAGCCAGCGAGUUGUUGGAAUCAAAGAUCAUUGACAAAAAGACCUUUAGUGAACUGGAGAAAGGGAAAGUAACACCAGAAGAUGUGAGUAAAUUGGAGUCGGUAAGGAAGUACCUUCAGAGCUCGGACAGUAUCGCUGGAGUGUUUGUAGAGCCCACCAAAGAGAAGAUGAGCUUCUAUCAAGCAAUGAAGAAGAAUCUGCUGAGACCAAGGCUAGCGGAGAUCUUACUGGAAGCUCAGGCAGGGACAGGUUUCCUCAUUGACCCUGUGAAGAAUCGCACACUCACCGUCGAUGAUGCAGUGAAAGAUGGCCUCAUUGGACCAGAACUCCACGAGAAACUUCUGGCUGCAGAGAAAGCAGUAAUGGGAUAUACUGACCCCUAUACUGGGCGCAAGAUUUCCUUAUUUGAAGCAAUGAGAAAGGAACUUGUUCCCAAAGAACAUGCAAUGCAGCUCCUGCAGGCACAGGUGGCAUCUGGUGGCAUCAUUGAUCCCAGAACCAGCCAUCGGCUGCCAGUUGAUGUGGCCUACAAGCGAGGAAUGUUUGAUGAGGACAUGAACACGUUUCUGUCUACUCCGAGUGAUGUGACGAGAGGUUUCUAUGACCCAAACGUAGACGAACGGGUCACCUAUCAGCAGCUGAAGGAGAAGUGCAGAAAGGAUGACACUUCCGGUCUGCUUUUGCUUCCCUUGAGUGAAAAAGCAGUAACAUCCAAAACUGUCUACGAUGAAGAGCAGACAAGAGAUACUUUUGGCAAGACAACAGUAUCUGUUCCAGCUGGCAUUUUCUCUGGGAAAACCAUCAGCAUCUUAGAGCUGAUUAACUCAGAAUAUUUUACAGAGGAACAAAGGAAGGAUUUGAUCCGACAGUAUAGGUCAGGGAAGGUCACGGUAGAGAAGAUUAUCAAAAUUGUUAUCACGGUGAUUGAAGAGAAAGAAGCAAAGAAAAAACCACUUCUCCUCUUCACUGGGCUCAGGAACAAGGUUCCAGCCAGUGAAUUGUUGGAAUCAAAGAUCAUUGACAAGAAAACAUUUGAUGAACUGGAGAGAGGAAAGGUAACACCAGAAAAUGUGAGCAAGUUGGAGUCGGUGAGCAAGUAUCUUCGGGGCUCAGACAGUAUUGCUGGUGUGUUUGUAGAGCCCACCCAAGAGAAAAUGAGUUUCUACCAAGCAAUGAAAAACAAUUUGUUGAGACCAAGGAUAGCAGAGAUCUUACUGGAAGCUCAGGCAGCGGCAGGAUUUCUCAUUGAUCCUGUGAAGAAUCUCACCCUCACUGUUGAUGACGCAGUGAAGGAAGGUCUUGUUGGGCCAGAGCUCCAUGAAAAGCUUCUUGCUGCUGAAAAAGCAGUAAUGGGAUACAGUGACCCCUACACUGGGUGUAAGAUCUCCUUAUUUGAAGCAAUGAGAAAGGAACUUGUUCCCAAAGAAUAUGGAAUGCAGCUCUUGCAGGCACAGGUGGCAUCUGGUGGCAUCAUUGAUCCCACAACCAGCCACCGGCUGCCAGCUGAUGUGGCCUACCAGCGGGGAAUGUUUGAUGAGGACAUGAGCAGGAUUAUGUCCACUCCGAGUGAUGAUACAAGAGGCUUCAUUGAACCAAAUACAGAUGAACGAGUCACCUACCAACAACUGAAGGAGAAGUGCAGGAAGGACCCUCAGACAUCACUUUGUCUGUUACCUCUGACAGAAGAAGCAAUGAAGCGAGUGGAUGUCCACCCUGAGGAGGUAACCAAGGACAUUUUCCAAAAGGCUGUAGUGAGUGUCCCAUCUGGGAGGUUCUCUGGAAAAACCAUUACCAUUUGGGAAUUGAUCAAUUCAGAAUAUCUCACCGAAGAUCAAAGGCAAGAUUUAAUCUGGCAAUACAGGUCAGGAAAAGUCACCAUUGAACAUAUCAUUAAAUUCAUCAUCACCACCAUCGAUGAAACUGAGACCAAGAAGCAGCUCCUCUUCACUGGGCUUAGGGACAAAGUUCCAGCCAGCGAGUUGUUGGAAUCAAAGAUCAUUGACAAAAAGACCUUUAGUGAACUGGAGAAAGGGAAAGUAACACCAGAAGAUGUGAGUAAAUUGGAGUCGGUGAGGAAGUACCUUCAGAGCUCGGACAGUAUUGCUGGAGUGUUUGUAGAGCCCACCAAAGAGAAGAUGAGCUUCUAUCAAGCAAUGAAGAAGAAUCUGUUGAGACCAAGGAUAGCGGAGAUCUUACUGGAAGCUCAGGCAGGGACAGGUUUCCUCAUUGACCCUGUGAAGAAUCGCACACUGACCGUCGAUGAUGCAGUGAAGGAUGGCCUCAUUGGACCAGAACUCCACGAGAAACUUCUGGCUGCAGAGAAAGCAGUAAUGGGAUAUACUGACCCCUACACUGGGCGCAAGAUUUCCUUAUUUGAAGCAAUGAGAAAGGAACUUGUUCCCAAAGGACAUGCAAUGCAGCUCCUGCAGGCACAGGUGGCAUCUGGUGGCAUCAUUGAUCCCAGAACCAGCCAUCGGCUGCCAGUUGAUGUGGCCUACAAGCGAGGAAUGUUUGAUGAGGACAUGAACACGUUUCUGUCCACUCCGAGUGAUGUGACGAGAGGUUUCUAUGACCCAAAUGUAGAUGAACGGGUCACCUAUCAGCAGCUGAAGGAGAAGUGCAGAAAGGACGACACUUCCGGUCUGCUUUUGCUUCCCUUGAGUGAAAAAGCAGUAACAUCCAAAACUGUCUAUGAUGAAGAGCAGACAAGAGAUACCUUCGGCAAGACAACAGUAUCUGUUCCAGCUGGCAUUUUCUCUGGGAAAACCAUCAGCAUCUUAGAGCUGAUUAACUCAGAGUAUUUUACAGAGGACCAAAGGAAGGAUUUGAUCCGACAGUAUAGGUCAGGGAAGGUCACAAUAGAGAAGAUUAUCAAAAUUGUUAUCACGGUGAUUGAAGAGAAAGAAGCCAAGAAAGAACCACUUCUCCUCUUCACUGGUCUAAGGGACAAGGUUCCAGCCAGCGAAUUGUUGGAAUCAAAGAUCAUUGACAAGAAAACAUUUGAUGAACUGGAGAGAGGGAAGGUAACACCAGAAAAUGUGAGCAAGUUGGAGUCAGUGAGCAAAUAUCUUCAGGGCUCAGACAGUAUUGCUGGUGUGUUUGUAGAGCCCACCCAAGAGAAAAUGAGUUUCUACCGAGCAAUGAAAAACAAUCUGUUGAGACCAAGGAUAGCAGAGAUCUUACUGGAAGCUCAGGCAGCGACAGGAUUCCUUGUUGACCCUGUGAAGAAUCUCACCCUCACAGUUGAUGACGCAGUGAAGGAAGGUCUUGUUGGCCCAGAGGUCCAUGAGAAGCUUCUGGCUGCAGAGAAAGCAGUAACAGGAUACAGCGACCCCUACACUGGGCGCAAGAUCUCCUUAUAUGAAGCAAUGAGAAAGGACCUUAUACCCAAAGAACAUGCAAUGCAGCUCUUGCAGGCACAGGUGGCAUCUGGUGGCAUCAUUGAUCCCAGAACCAGCCAUCGGCUGCCAGCUGAUGUGGCCUACCAGCGGGGCCUGUUUGAUGAGGACAUGAACAGAUUGGUGUCCACUCCGAGUGAUGAUACAAGAGGCUUCAUUGAACCAAAUACAGAUGAACGAGUCACCUACCAGCAGCUGAAGGAGAAGUGCAGAAAGGACCCUCAGACAUCACUUUGUCUGUUACCUCUGACAGAAGAAGCAGUGAAGCGAGUGGAUGUCCACCCUGAGGAGGUAACCAAGGACGUUUUCCAAAAGGCUGUGGUGAGAGUCCCAUCCGGAAAGUUCUCUGGAAAAAAUGUUACCAUUUGGGAAUUGAUCAAUUCGGAGUAUUUCACUGAAGAUCAACGCCGAGAUUUAAUCCGGCAGUAUAGGUCAGGCAAAGUAACUAUAGAGAGAAUUAUUACAAUUGUUGUAACAAUUAUUGAAGAACGUGAGGUGAAGAAAAAGCCACAAAUUACAUUUGCUGGGCUGAGGAAUAAGGUUCCAGCCAGCGAGUUGAUGGAGUCAAAGAUCAUUGACAGAAAGACCUUUGAUGAACUGGAGAAAGGAAAUGUAACACCAGAAGAUGUGAGCAAGUUGAAGUCGGUAAAGAAAUACCUUCAGGGCUCGGAUAGUAUUGCUGGAGUAUUUAUAGAGCCCACCCAAGAGAAGAUGAGCUUCUACCAAGCAAUGAAGAACAAUUUGUUGUGUAAAUCCACUGCAGAAGCUUUAUUAGAAGCUCAAGCAGCAACAGGAUUCCUCGUUGAUCCUGUGAACAAUCUCACCCUGACCGUCGAUGAUGCAGUGAAGAAUGGUCUUGUUGGACCGGAACUCCACGAGAAGCUUCUGGCUGCAGAGAAAGCAGUAACGGGAUACACAAACCCCUACACUGGGCAUAAGAUCUCCUUAUUUGAAGCAAUGAGGAAGGGCCUUAUAUCCAAAGACCAUGCAAUGCAGCUCCUGCAGGCACAGGUGGCUUCUGGUGGCAUCAUUGAUCCUACAACCAGCCAUCGGCUACCAGUUGAUGUGGCCUACAUGCGAGGAAUGUUUGAUGAGGGCAUGAACCAGAGGUUCCUUGAUGCUUAUGAAAACACCAAGAGAUAUAUUGAUCCCAACACAAAGGAAGAUGUCACUUACCAACAGUUAAAGAGCAAGUGUAUUUUAGAUCCAGAAACAGGUCUGUGCCUCUUGCCCAUGACUGAGACAGAGAAGCCAAGUGUGGUUGAAAGCAAAAUCUAUAAUGAGACAGAAAUGCAACAGGAGUUUGAGAGAACAAAAGUAGAAAUUCCUUCAGGGUCUUUGGGUGGAAAGUCUAUGUCAGUUUGGGAGAUCUUACAAUCUGAGUACAUCUCAGAAGAAGAGAGGAACAGACUAACAAAGGAAUUUCAGAUGGGAAGGCUAACACGUGAGCGUCUCAUUUUAAUCAUCAUUGAGAUUGUUGAGCAAGUGGAAAUUCGACAGGGAGGUGAAUUGAUCACCUUCAACUGCUUCCGAGGCAAGGUCAGUGCCGAUCAUCUCUAUGCCUCAGGAAUUAUUGAUCUGGAAAUGCUCACGAAACUGAAGGAGAAGCAGCUGACCAUACAGCAGGUGUGUGAAAUGGAGCGUGUGAGGAAGUUCCUGUUUGGCACUGGUGCUGUCAGUGGGGUGUACAAGUCUGCAGAGAAGGAGGUGUCUAAUCUGUAUCAAGCAAUGAAGAAAGACUGGAUAAAACCAGAAGUGGCUCACUCCCUUCUCGAGGCUCAGGCUGCUACUGGCUUUAUCCUUGAUCCAGUGAGGAAUAAGAGACUGACUGUGGAUGAGGCUGUAAGGGAAGGUGUAGUGGGUCCUGAAUUUCACGACAAGCUGCUGUCAGCAGAAAGAGCUGUCACCGGCUACCGAGACCCAUACACUGGCAAGAUCAUCUCUCUAUUUGAGGCUAUGAAGAAAGGGCUUAUUAUAAAAGACUAUGCUUUGAAGUUGCUCGAUGCCCAGCUGGCCACAGGUGGAAUCAUUGACCCACAGUACAGCCAUCAUCUGCCUCUGGAGGUUGCCUUUCAACGUGGCUAUCUGGACCGUGAAACCUACAACCUCCUCACUGACCCAACCACAGGCACACAAGGAUUCCUUGACCCAAGCACCAAUGAGGCAUCAAGUUACACUCAACUCCUUGCAAAAUGCAAAACUGAUGAAAAGUCAGGCCACCGUCUGUUGAAUCUGACAGACAGGAAAAGGUUAAUAUUUAAGGGUCUACGCAAGCAAAUCACGAUGGACCAGCUCAUAGAAUCAAAUAUCAUUGGAACUUCCUUAGCUCAAAAGCUAGAAGAAGGUGAGACCACAGUUGAAGAGGUUAGUGACAGUAUCAAGAAAUACCUAGAAGGCACAAGUUGUAUUUCAGGUGUAUUUGUUGAGGCCUCCAAGGAGAGGCUGUCUAUUUACCAAGCUAUGAAGAAAGGCAUGAUCAGACCUGGGACUGCCUUCGAGUUGUUGGAGGCCCAAGCAGCAACAGGUUACAUGAUAGACCCAAUCAAAAAUAGAAAAUUAACUGUUGCUGAUGCAGUCAAGAUGGGAGUGGUGGGACCAGAAUUUAAAGACAAGCUUCUGUCAGCCGAACGUGCUGUCACUGGCUACAGAGAUCCUUACUCAGGGAAAUUGGUGUCUCUGUUCCAAGCUAUGCAGAAAGGUUUGAUUCUGAAAGACCACGGAAUCCGUUUGCUGGAGUCGCAAAUUGCCACAGGAGGCAUUAUUGACCCUGAACACAGCCAUCGGCUCCCAGUGGAAGUGGCCUACAAGCGUGGACUGUUUGAUGAGGAGAUGAACAAGAUAUUGUUAGAUCCAGGUGAUGACACUAAAGGUUUCUUCGAUCCAAACACGGAGGAAAAUCUGACCUACUUGCAGCUGAAGGAGCGAUGUAUUGUGGAUCCUGACACUGGACUUUGUCUAUUGCCUUUGAAAGAGAAGAAGCGAGAGAGGAAAACAUCCUCCAAGUCAUCAGUCCGCAAGCGACGGGUAGUCAUUGUAGAUCCUGAAACUGGCAAAGAAAUGUCUGUCUAUGAAGCUUAUCGCAAAGGACUGAUUGAUCAUCAGACAUACAGUGAACUGUCUGAGCAAGAGUGUGAAUGGGAGGAAGUAACCAUAUCUUCAUCAGAUGGAGUUGUAAAAUCAAUGAUAACUGACAGGAGAUCUGGAAGACAGUAUGACAUCGAUGAUGCUUUGGCCAAAGGUUUGAUUGACCAAGGCUCUUUGGACCUGUAUCGCUCAGGAGCUUUGUCCAUAACUGAAUUUGCUGAUAUGUUAUCAGGAAACAUGAGUGGAUUCCGCUCAAGGUCUUCCUCAGUUGGAUCUUCAUCUUCAUAUACAAGCCAACAAGCAAGUCCAAUGAGAAGCCAUUUGGUUGCAUGGAGUGAGCCAACAGAGGAGACUGGUCCAGUUGCUGGCAUCUUGGACACUGAUACCCUUGAGAAAGUUUCCAUUACAGAGGCAAUGCACCGAAACCUAGUGGACAACAUCACAGGGCAGCGUCUGCUUGAGGCUCAAGCAUGCACUGGAGGAAUCAUUGAUCCCAAUACAGGAGAGAAGUAUUCGGUCACAGAAGCUGUUGGCCAAAAUCUUGUUGACAAAAUUAUGGUGGACAGGAUCAAUCUGGCUCAGAAGGCUUUCCAUGGAUUUGAGGAUCCAAGAACCAAGACCAAGAUGUCUGCUGCUCAGGCCUUGAAAAAAGGGUGGCUGUAUUAUGAAGCUGGUCAAAGAUUCCUGGAGGUGCAGUACCUGACUGGAGGACUGAUUGAGCCAGAUGUGCCUGGCCGGGUGUCCUUGGAUGAAGCUUUACAGAAGGGAACCAUUGAUAGCCGCACUGUGCAAAAACUAAGAGAUGUUGGGGCCUAUGUAAAAUACAUAACUUGCCCGAAAACCAAACUGAAGAUCUCUUACAAGGAUGCGAUGGAUCGAUCUAUGAUUGAGGAAGGUUCAGGUCUGCGUCUGUUGGAGGCCUCCGCACAGUCCACCAAAGGAUACUACAGUCCCUAUAAUGUGAGUGGGACUGGCUCUUCUGCAGGCUCCCGAUCAGGAUCACGUACAGGCUCCAGGACAGGCUCCAGGCGGGGAAGCUUUGAUGCGACAGGAUCUGGUUACUCCAUGUCCUUCUCUUCCUCCUCCUACACAUCAUCCAGCUAUGGCCGUAGGCUGCCAGCCAGUGUCCCUGGAGGGAGGGGAUUGAAUCUUACUGUUCCUCAAUCUCUCUCCAGCCCAGGGGGGAGCUCUGCUUUCCCCCAGGCCCUGCUGCAGGGCAUUGCGACGAUGUAACAUCACACCCCUACCCUUCCCUACCUUCUAAACAACAAAACCUGCUCCACAACUAGCAAACACCUACCAAUGGCCUCUGUUUCACUACAAGAAUCAGAAUCACUCUAAUUGCUAAGAAAUUUAUUUUAAUUUCCCAUCAUGUCAGUUCCUCUGAGUUUUAUAUAAAUCUUGAAAUUUGAAAUGGAUCAGAUUGAAUGUUCUGUAUAUGUUUGAACUGAAAACGAUCUAUUUAUGGAGACUUGAUUUGAUUCUGUUGGCCGCUCCCACUAGAAAGUCCUGUUGCUAUUUGUAGAGCAGGGCAGAUUAACCCCAAACUACAGCUGCCCCUCCCAGUGAUGGCUGGGAGGAUUGUAAUCUCAAUGAAUGCACUGACUCACAGCGUGCCCAGCUAUCUCUGCUUUCUAUUACCAGACAAAUGCUGCAAAUAUUAACUGAACUAUAAUAAAGGCUUGAUGCUGUUAAUCCAAAUAUUAAUAAGGUGCGUCUUUUAAGUAUCAAGCCGUGCACUCAGGCUGAGGUUGCACUCUGCGGGAAGAAUUCUUGAGCUUUCUUCAUCACAUUUUUAACCGUUGCACUGAAUUGGCUGGAGUAACCAUUUCUGGAUGAGUGAAUUCUGACUCCCUGUGUGAACCAGAACUGUCCAUUAAGCCAUAAAGACCAAUCAACCUGCCUGCCACUGAGCGUAUCUCCUGCAUCUCCCUGUCCACAUGCAGAAUGAGGAACGGUCUAGGCUGAGUUCUCCAGUUCCAUACAAGAUCAGAGCCUAGCAGUUCCUGUGGACAUCAGUUGCUUGGGAGGUGGUGCAAAGUUACGUGGAUUAUGAUCAGACAUCGCUCAGAUUGAGUUGUCUAUCCAGAACAUUCCGGAAACUCAGCCAGGACAAAUACAGAAUCACAGGGACUGUCACUAUUCCUUCAUGAGGCUUCCAUGACCUGCAUCCUGAAAGGAUUGAGUGUGAACUUAUGGAACUACUGUGGAGUUGAUCGGAAUCAAGCCUUUCAUCUCAGAACAUCAGCCAGACCUCCAAGACUUGCUCGCAGUUUAUAUCCUCUCUAGAAUCUGACCAUUUCCCAUUCAUUGUUUUGAUGAUGAAUAUUUUUGUUAUGCAUGCUGUACUAACUGUCAGGAAACCUCUAGCCAGCGGAAAUGUCCUGUUUAUAUUAAAGCAGUGAGUUUAACAAACUAACUAAUUGUAAUCCAGAACUGAAAUUAACAACUGUACAGAAGAUAACUUGUUUAAUGGCCUCAAUGUAGAAGUACAAAUAAAAGAGAAAUUAAUAUAUAUACAUAAAACUGAACAAUGAUUGACCAUCCAGCACAAUAACAUUGAACACAGUAAGUAACAGAGCAAUUAGGGACCCUGAACCAUAGGUGGAUAACUAUACAGACAGCAUUCUGUAACACAAAGGGAUGGGUCGGUCACUGUAUAGCAGUAUAAAACGUCUUGGGAUUCUCAUUGAUUCUGCUCAUCUGCUUGAGCACUUUCCUGUGAUUGUUAUGUUCCACAAGGGUGCAGUAUGACUUUAGCUUUGUAACCCUUAUGUAUGCUUCCUUUCUCAUUAAAUCUGGGUCCUCUCAGGUCAUCCCUUUUGUUACCAUCCUUGUCUUCACUACUUACCAGAACUUGAUGAUCUCAAAGCCUAAUCUUGUCUUUAAUCAACUCCCACAUGUCAGAUGUGGACAUGUCCAACAGGAGCUGUGCCCAAUCAUCGUCCCUCAGCUCUUGCCUUAUCCUGUUGUGAUUUCCCUCCCCCAUUUUAGUAUCUUCCCACAAGAUCCAAUUUUAGCUUUAUUCAUAAUUGUCUUAAAACAAUUAAGCCGCCCUGACCAUUCCCUUUUUUGUCAUUUUACUUCUGGAAAAAGAUAAAGCGAGUUCAAAGAUGGGAUGACCAGACAGACGCACGAGAUUCUGAAGACUCUGAAAAUUUUGAGCAAUACACAUAAAAUGCCAGAAGAAUUUAGCCAGUCAGGCAGCAUCCAUGGAGGGGAAUAAACAGUUGAUAUUUUGGGCCGGGACUCUUCAUCAGGACUCUAAAGGAAGGGAGCAGAUUGUAGAAUAUGAAAUGCUGGGUGAGAUCAGCCGCCAUAUUGAAUUUGGGCGGCUGAUCAUGAAAAUCACCAUGAAGGUUCCCUAACACGUGCUUUUAUUUUCUUGUGGCCGAUAUUUGUCAUUUCAAUUCAUAAAUCAAGUCAUUUAAAAUGUUCCCACAAUGUAAGCUGAGAAGUUUUCUAUCUUGUUCUGUUCAGACAUACCUGGGCAUGCUUAGGCAGGACAGAUGCUGCAUGGCAGGACGGGUUUUAGAAAGUCUAUAAAAGCAUCACACACACACACACACACCGUCAUGUGCGUUGCGUUUCCGUGUAUAUCGGUUGUGAGCACAUUGAUGCACAUGCUCUAUGCGCAGAGCGUAUUGUGUGUAUUCAUCAUAAUAAAUCAUUGUUAUCUUCAGGAGCAUUUGUGACAGCAA